GUGGCAAGAUUCGAGAAUGAAAAAAUUGGUGGAAAAAGUUCAAGAUUUGAGCCUCAGUCAUGUUUUAACCAUAAAUUUCUGUUCAAGCAAAUAAGGACGCCAGCGUUGUACGACCAAAACAACGGCCACAAGUUCUUGCUCAUGAACUAGUUUCCCACGAUCUCUAAUAGAUAAAACAUGAGCGAAAAUAAGCAAUCGGCCUCUUGGAUUGAAGGAGAACCUCACCAAUACCAAACCUGGAUGAAUCAGUUUCGAUUUCAAAUGGUUGAGAAAAUUUUGGUAGUGCUAAUUUAUGUAAUGCAACCAUAGCAUUCUUCAAUCUUUCUAACGCCACUUGAGCCUUUUUGUUCCAUUCAAUAUCUCCCUUUUUAAAUAAAUUACUCAACGGAGCUGCUAGGCUGCCAUAAUUGUUCACAAUUUUUCGGUAAUAACCAAUAAUCCAAGAAAACCAUGGACUUUCUUGAUGUUGGAACAGGCCACUCAAACAUAGCCCUCAACUUCUCUGGAUCAGCUUCGACUUCCUUGCUGGAAAUUAGAUGUCCAAGAUACGCCACCCUUUUUCUAACAAACUGGUACUUUGCUUGAUUAACAAAAAGCUGAGUUUCCCAAAGAACAGAGAGGACUAUGCAUAAAUGCUUGACAUGUUCUUCUAUCACACGACUGUACUAAACUGUCAUCAAAGAGCACCAAUACAAAUUUCUGCAAAUAUUGAUGGAACGUUUUGUUCAUCAAGGCUUAAUUGAUAUUAAUUGGAGAGGAAAUAGCAUUGCAGGGGCUUGAACGUAGGACUUCCCUGGACCACCUGCUCUGCCAAUCUGGAACUCCAUAAUCAACUUUGACCCGCAUGUUUUCAUUUGGCUUGGCGAUAACAUCUAUGGAGACAUUAGGCGUCCAUUCAAAUUAUUUGGUCGAGAAAGGACGGUGGGACCAUGGAAAAAUGUUCCACGUUUCAUUCCUUCAUCUAAGCAGGAAAUGAUGCUCAAAUACAAUAAGGGCAAGACAAUUCCAGGCUAUUCUUGGCUUAGACAGAGGACCAAGGUAAUCGGUGUCUGGGAUGACCAUGAUUAUGGAUUAAAUGAUGCUGGAAAGGAAUUUACCGAGAAGGUCACUAAUCAGAAGCUUCUCCUUGAUUUUUUAGAUGAACCUCUUGAUAGUCCAAGGCGCAAGCAGCAUGGUGUGUAUGCAUCAUAUAUGUUCGGCCCUAUAGGUAAACAAAUUAAGGUUAUCCUAUUAGAUACUAGAUAUCACCGUGAUCCGCUGUUUAGUGAUGGAACUAUUUUGGGUACUGCUCAAUGGACGUGGCUGAAGAGGGAGCUUAAGGGUCCAGAGUCGGCAGUAACAAUAAUUGGGUCAUCCAUUCAGGUUAUAUCAAAUCUUUCCGCAACCACCAGACCUUUGUUCUAUUUGGAGUCUUGGGGACGUUUCCCAAAGGAGAGAGAUCUCCUUUUCAAAUUGAUUGCAGAUAGCAAGAGAAAAGGAGUUUUCUUCAUAAGCGGGGAUGUUCAUUUUGGAGAAAUUUCACGCUCUGAUUGUGCUGUCGAAUAUCCGCUAUUUGACAUAACCUCAAGUGGUCUUACUCAAGCAGUUGAAAGGGCUGUUCCCCGACCAUUACAAUUUUUAGUGAGGUUUCUUGCGUGGUUGACGCCAUCUACGAUGAGAGUUAUGAAAAGCAAAUGCAGAUACAAUUCCUGCACGUUCGGUAUGCAUGCCAAUCGCUUAAUAUUUAGUUUAGAUGUUCUUCACUGUUUCGCCUCUCUUUUGUGUACAAAUUGUCGGUUCCUUUUAGGCCAACCAAAUUUUGGAGUCGUUGAAAUUGAUUGGGGUGCAAGUCCUGUAAGAAUCAAAAUGGAAGUGCGGGAUACGAACGGACUCACUGUGGUAGGUGUAAAUAUCCCUUUGAGUUCAUUGCGUCCAGGAAACAACGAGUAUUUGUGCAGUAAUGGUAUGGGAGAGUAUCAGAGGCAUUGUCUUCUGGAAGUCCAUUUGGGAUGGAUUGUCCGAUAUCGCCUGGCAAUUUUGUUUUAUAGUACUUUGACGUUACUCCUCCUCGCUUCGCUGGGAAUUGGUUAUGUGGCCACUUUGACUUGCAGGAAGUGCAUCCGCAAAUGCAAGCGUGACUAACCGGUGUUUUCACCUUUCUUCUUACUUGUGGCUGGAUAUAUUAGGCCGGUCUAGUUGCAAUUUGAAUUAUGUUUUAUAUGAGUAGGUGUUCGACAAAAAAUCUGCAUUGUAUUCUUUUGAAAAGUGUCCUCAAAUUUUGUUAAUUUUGAAAAAAUAUUUUUGUUUUUUUUUA